AUGAGCAAUGUGUUUGGUUUUCCUUUCACUCCAUAUGAAGGUCAGAAACAGUUAGCUACAGCUAUAUUCGAUGCCUGUAAAUAUGGCAAAACUGCUGUUCUUGAAUCUCCCACUGGGUCUGGGAAGUCGAUGGCUGUGAUUUGUGCUGUGAUGAGCUAUUUGGAUGAGAUAAAAGCAAAAGAACGAGCUUUUGAGAACGAUAUGAAGAGGUUGAAGAAGGAAUAUGAAGGUAUGGCUUUGCUUUGUUUUGUAUUUUAGGUAUCAACUGUGUGGACAGUUGUGCGAUGUCGUUUAUUUUGUGAAAGAUCUGUUAAUUAGCGGAUAGUUUGUAUAGUCAUUUUAUUUUUGAUCAAUUAUCUGUGACUACGCUAUUUUAGAAGUAUCAACAUCGAGCUUACCUGUAUCUGAAGUGUUUAAGAAGCAGUAUCUACUGAAUAAACAGAUGGACGAGUUGAUAGAGACUUUUGAUGUUUUGAGAAAGGCUCAGAGAUUUUACAGAGAAGCCAAGAAAGCUGAUAUUGACAUUGUUGAGGUAUUUUAUAAUAUAUUUUAGUUGUACAUGUUGAUUUUAUAAAACGCAAAAAGCCGUUAUAAUCAUUUAUUUUAGUUGUAAUGUAUAUUUACAGGAUUCAAAGUACAAAUAUCCACGAGAAACUCAUGAAGAUACAGAAGAGUUGAAAGAUAUUGGUGAGAGUAUCAAGAAGAUCAUCUAUGUCAGUCGAACUCAUUCUCAACUUUCUCAAUUCGCUCAAGAAUUUCAAAAGACAAAGUUUGAGUGUAGGCCUUGCCAUCUUGGCUCUAGGGCGGCUUUCUGCCUAAAUGAAGAGGUCAAAUCUAUACCUGCACCGAUGGUUAAUUGCGAAUGUCAACGGCUGACAAAGAAUUCAGAUGAUGUGGAAGAUAUUGAGGAUGUUGAGGUAAGAUUUAUCAUUUAUUUUUACAAGUUUAGGUAGCAUGUGGAGUAUUAAAUAUGUCAUGCUUUCUAGCCAGCUUCAAAAAAGUCAAAGAAGGAAGGAUGUACCUUUUACAAUAAAUCCAGGAUCACGAGAAUGAGAGACCAGCUCUGGAAUGGACGUCUGAUAACAGCCUCGAUGACGGACAUAGGUACCUCUACUCAAGCGUGUCCGUACUUCUCAGCUAAAGCAUCCAUACCUCUAUCUGAUGUUGUUCUCAUGCCUUAUUCUAUUCUGUUCGAUCCAGACACUCGAGAAUCUUAUGGUAUCAAGCUCAAGGAUAAUGUUAUUGUAGUAGACGAGGCUCACAAUUUUCUGGAAACAAUCUACGCGACUUCUUCAUUUUACUUUGGCUACGAUGAAAUGAAGCUAUUAUUGGAUUCUUUGACUUUUUACAAGACUGUAACUUUAAGUACUAACCAGGAAAAGUUGUGGGGCGUCGAUCAGAGUAUCGUGGUUUUGGAUGGAAUUGUCAAGUUUGUGGAGUCGAGUGGGGAGAGGUUACUGGAACAACAAUUGUCUCCUGGGUUUGUGAGAAAAGAAGUAAGUUUUUGAUUACAUAAGCUAAAAACUGUUAAUAAUGUUUUGAUUGAGUUAGUUAAUUCAAAAAAUAUGACAGUUUUAAUGUGACAUUAUAUUUGUAAUAAAAAUACUUGUAGUUAAAACUGUCGUCAGAUUAUUUAAAAAUAGCCAGAUGUAUAAAAUUCGAUGGUUUGUUGAUGGAAAGUCGUGGUAUCGUUCAAAGGUAUUGGAAGUCAAAAUACCUGAAGAAGGAGUCGAAAGUGUUGUCUUUGUUGAACAAAAAGAAGGACCAGCAGAAGGAUUCAGCUCCAGAAGAACCCCCAAAGUUGGAAUCAGAUGGAUUGGCCUUGAUUUCAAAGUUUGUCAAGCUUCUGAAGGUGCUGGGGACUACAGAUGAUGAUGUCAUUGUAUUCGAGAGAGUUGACAAGACUCAGAAGGCUACUGUAGAUUCAUUGAGGUUACGGUAUUUCAAGCUGUCAAUCGGGGCAGACUUGGAGAAGGUAAUCAAGGAGAGUAAUGCAUUUAUUAUGGUCGGAGGGACAAUGAGACCAGUUGGGUAUCUAUCGAACACUUUGAAGCUAUGUUGUGGUAUCGAAGAUGUAAUUGAAAAGCAGUUUCCACAUGUUGUGGAUGAGAGAAAUGUUCUUCCGAUUAUUGUUGGUGAGUCAUCUUUGUCAUUAUAUUGUUCACAUUACGUUACAUUAUUUUUUUUGGCAUGAUGAUGAUGAAAAACUUUACUUUCAGACAAAUCUCCAUUCAAUCGCCCACUGUCCCUCAAAGUUGGUCAACUGACAGAUCAAGUGAUUGAUGACUACAUAGACACUAUAGUAACCCUGAUGGACGCUGUACCUCAUGGAUGUAUUGUAUUUCUUCCUAACUACAAGCUAAUAGAGACUUUUAACAAGAAGCUUACCGGUAAGACGAGGAAGAAGAUGUUCGCAGAAUCUAAGAAACAGAAUCCCAACAAUUUACUGAUGGAAUUCGAAAAACAAUGUAAAUUCUAUUCUGGGGCACUAUUGUUGGCAUCAGCUGGUGGGAAACUGAGUGAAGGUAUCAACUUUGCUGAUGACAUGUGUCGUUGUGUCGCGGUAUGUGGGUUACCGUAUCCAAACAUGAUGGAUAUUGAGGUCAAGUUGAGAUCAAAGGUAAGUUAUGGAAUUUUGAAAUUUUUAAAGUAUUUUAGGUCGAGAAGAUAGCUUUAUCUGUUAAAAUAAUGACGUUUAAAUUUAUUUUUUGUAGCACGCUGUAAAGGAGAAGCUAUGUUCUACAGAAAACGAAUACCUCCUGAAUCAGACUCUUCGUGUUGUCAGUCAAUGUGUUGGCCGAGCAAUUCGGCACAAAAACGAUUACUCUGUAAUGCUGUUUAUGGAUAUUCGAUACAAUGGACAGCCAAAGGAUAUCCUACCAGAUUGGAUCAAAAGGAAUAUCCGAAGAUCAGAAACAAACGAGAUCAAGAAUAACAUGAAGAAGUUCUACCUAGAUAACAAGGAACGGUCUGUCUUGAAGAAUCUGUAA